AUGAAUAGUACUUUGCUUUCGAGGAGAAAGACAAGAGAACCAAAGGAGGAAACUGUGACUCUAGGACCAGCUGUUCGUGAUGGUGAGCAAGUCUUUGGAGUUGUUCAUAUCUUUGCUUCCUUCAAUGACACAUUCAUUCAUGUGACUGAUCUGUCUGGAAGGGAAACUCUUGUUCGUAUCACUGGUGGAAUGAAAGUGAAGGCUGAUCGUGAUGAGUCAUGUCCUUAUGCUGCUAUGCUUGCUGCUCAAGAUGUUUCUCAAAGAUGCAAGGAGCUUGGAAUCACAGCUAUGCAUGUGAAGCUCCGUGCCACUGGAGGAAACAAGACCAAGACUCCAGGUCCUGGUGCUCAGGCUGCUCUACGAGCUCUUGCUCGUUCUGGCAUGAAGAUUGGUCGCAUUGAGGAUGUGACUCCAACUCCAACCGAUAGUACUCGCAGAAAGAAUGGUAGAAGGGGAAGACGUCUCUGA